AUGCAUCACUGCAAUUAUACUAUUAAAAUCAAUAUAGCUCAAAAUGGGACAAUAUCAGCAAGCGAAAAUAUUCACGUUACUGUUGACGUUCCUGUCACAAAACCAGUGGUAUACACUGAACCUUCUGCUGGAGUUGUGGAAUACAAGGGGAACAUUACUUUGAAAUGUACUGUGAGAAAUGGCACACGGGUUAUCUUCCAGUGGAUGAAAAAUGGAAAUCCCAUUGAAGCCAGCACUAACUACUCCUUGUCUGCAAACCGUGACACACUGUCAAUUGUCCCUGUUGUCAAAGAAGCCAUUGGUAAUUACAGCUGUUUAGCCAAGAAUCCUGUCAGUGCCAUGCAGAGUGAUGUGAUCAAGCCAACAAUAUACU